AUGACGGUGCGGCAAAAGCGCAAGCCGACAUCCCGGCUAAUGGGAGGGAAUCACAAACGUAAGGCCAACAACGUUCGCGAGUCUAGGCUAUGCUCCUCACCGACCUCUGCCAAGAAUACCACUCCCGAACCUGAACACGUAACAACGCCAAUGGGGGAGUCUGGUCAGCAUGCGGAUAGCAUCCUCUGCAAAGGCUCGGUCGAAGAGCAGCAGGAUGAUGCGGACGACUCACCUGAAAUCUCUGAUACACACGACAAAUUGUAUGUUUCGAACAACGAGAAUACUCAAACUGUGACCAAGGAAGAGCUGGCUGAGAUGUCGGAGUCGAUACAAGAAAUGUUUGACAGCCUUCCAACCUUUGCGAAGGUAGAGGCCUUGUUGAACAAAGAAAUAAGUGUCGUACGCUCGAAGCAUAACAAUUUGAAGAAUGAGGUCCAGGAGCAAAACAAGAUCUUGCGCGAUGAGGUGCGAGAUGCGAUGGAGGCAACCCGGAAACUCACAGAUACCAAGCACGACACGUUAAGCGCCGGUUUGAAAGAGACACAUACUUGUGUGGGGACCUUGUCCACGAGCAUACUGUCCUUACAAGUCGAGUCAAACAAUUCCAAGAAGGCAACUGAGGAAAAGGCAAAACAAAUGCAGUCUGAGAUGGACAAUCUACAAGGGAAUAUGCUGAGGAAGACGCACGCUCAGCUGGAAAACAUGCGCGAGGAAAUGACGAGAAUGAUAGAUGGUCAGAUGGCUUCCUUACGCGAGGAGAUGACAAGGGAAGUGGGUGCUCAGAUGAGUGCUUUGCGAAAAGAAGUUGGGAGAACGAUUGAUGGCCGAGCGACUGCCUUAUUUGAGGAGAUGGCAAGACAGAAGGAUGGUCAGAUUGACAUCUUGCGCGAAAAGAAUGCAUUCACAGAGACGGAGGUGAACAAGCUCACGUCCUCGCGCGACAACGAUGUCAAGAUACUACAUGGGCAUGUCACGGCAUAUCUCGAACGCAACAAGACGCUCGUCGAAAACAACAACGAGCUUCGGCUGAUGAACGAGGUACUUGGUCAGGCCAACGAGGCAAUCCGCAAGGAGAACGACACAUUGCGCAAGACAUACGAGGAACACACCAAGUGUAUCAAGGCACUCACAGACUGGAACAGUCAAAAUGUUGCGGAUGUCCAGAACAUUCGUCAGGCUUUUGCCACAAACAACAAGGCCAUUCAGCAGGACGUGGGGGGUGUUCGGAGCCAGGUCAAUAUGUUGACUGCGAGGCUGCAAGAUUUGAAGAUGUCCAUGGCACAGGGAUUUCACGGACUAGGAAGCAUGUUCAACAACGGAGAUGACCCUCAUAGCUCCCCUGGAGUUCAUGUGGGAAGCACCGAGCCACCAUCAGCGCAACAGUGGGACCAGCAGAGUGUGUAG